AAAGCAAGUUUCGGCCUGACACCGUGUAGUGAAAAACAUGGCGGCAAUUAGCACGAAACAAAAGCUUCUCACCCUAAUAGAUGAUAUUGAAAUCGUAUCUAAGGAGUUGUUCGAUGUGAUGAGUACCCCCAAAAACCAACAAAAGACAGAUGCACCGGAUCCUGCCCUUUUGAUGGAAUUGCUUGUCCAAAAAGACAAAGAAAUGAAAGAAUCGUUAAAACUUGCUGAAGAACAGAUGGAUAUCCAGAAAAUUAUGGAUGAAUUAAAAAUGGAAGUUGAAAAGCGAGAUACCGAUAUCAGAAAUUUACAGAAGAACUUCAAAGAAGCAGAAACCAUUUUAGCAACUGCAAUCUACCAAGCUAAGCAGAAACUGAACUCCAUUGCCCAAGCUAAUAAAAAGACAAUCUCAUCUGAGGAACUUAUCAAAUUUGCUCACAGAAUCAGUGCCAGUAAUGCUAUUGCAGCACCUGUUACAUGGGCCCCUGGAGACCCUCGUCGACCAUAUCCAACAGAUUUUGAAAUGCGUCAUGGCUAUUUAGAUCAUAUGCAAAACUCACAGAGCAACACACUCAACUGGCAGUCUUCAUCUUUGCAACCUCCACUGGCACCUCCACCACAGCCACCAUCAUCAUCUGUACCAUCUCUCGAUCCUCCCACACCAAUGUUUGGUCUCUCGGCCAGUGGUCUCAAUACCUCAAUGGGAAGCGGUGUAGCAAGUAGUGCUGGACUCUCGGAAUCUAUUCGGAAUCAUGCUUCAAGAGAUAACGAAGAUGUUGAAAUAAUGUCCAGUGAUUCCUCCAGCAGCAGUUCGAGUGAUGAAGAAAACCCUUAAUGUCUCAGAGUUUUUUUGUCUGUCUUUAUUUGUUGUAACAUUAAUAAAAUUUCUAUUAGUU